CGAAGCGACGGCGUGCUUCGACAAGCACGUGUGUGGCAGGUACAUUCAUAGUCGUUGGCGCCUUGACGUCGUCUUGGCGCUCGUGGUUGUCGUCUGUUUGGCGUUUGCCGCCCCGUCACUUGCUCGCCGCCGCCGCCGCCUCCACCCAAUCCGCCGCCGCCACUGCCGCCGCCGCCGCCACCCGCUCCUGGCGGCUUUCCAGGUGGUCUCUCGGGCCGUAACGGAGUGCCUGAUCCGCAUCUUCGGAUGUAUGGACUUUAUCCGGUCAACUCGUCGCCGGAUCGGUCGCUGAUGGCGCUCACCAACGCCUUCAACACUAGGCCCAACGCGACGGUAGUGGUCGACUACUUUGCCUUCCCGGCGCCGACGACGCUCGAGCAGUAUAUGCCGUGGCUGGAGGGUGUGGGCGGGUCACCGGACGUUGUGACCUCGUUUCCGCGGCGUGGCGAGUCGGUGCUCAACGGCGAGCACAUGGUUGCACUUGAUAGCGUGUGGGAGAAGGCCGCGCUCUCAUCGCGGGUUCCGCCGGUUGUCGACGACAAUCUGUCCGGCAGUGACGGUUCACGCUACGCUGUCCCACUGCUUGUCGAGGUGGCAACGUGCACGUAUCGAGCGUCGAUGUUUGAGGCGCUUGGCAUCCCGCAACCGCCCGCAACGUGGACCGAGCUCCUGGCGUUGUGUGAGCAGGUGGUUGGCAAUGGCAUGGCGUGCCUCGCUACGGACAUGUCUCAUUUUGAAGCCUCUGUCUACUUUGAUUUUCUCGUCAUCCGCAUGCACGGCAACGAAUUUUACAACAACUGGGUCAACGGCCUCGUCUCGUGGCUCGAGCCAGAGAUGCAGGCGACGCUGCGUGAAGUGCUUGUUCUCCGGAAGCGUGGCUACUUUGCGCCUCUAAUCCGCAAUGAGGCUCCUGUCAUGCCGUCAGCUGUAGACGUUGUCAACAACGCAUCGCUCAUCUACUGUGGCCUGGACGCCGCGCUGGGCAUGCACCAAUCGAUGCGCCCGCCGCCCGACUUUGUGGCGUUUCCGUUUCCGGUUUAUGAUGGUAAGCAUGGGACCACGGGAAUGGCCAUGCCGCCGCUGGCCAGCGAUGGCGCACCAACUGCAUUUCUCUCGCUGGCGGUGCCAGUCCGCGGCCUCUUCACCGAUCUUGCCGUCUCAUUUCUGGAGUAUUCGCUUGAGCCGUCGACUCUGGCGCUCAUGAGCGGGACCAUGAUCUCGGGCGUCUCGCCCUGGGUCACUUCACCGCUCGGGUCACGGUCGCCGCGCGAGCAGGUCUUGUACGACAUUAUGGUGAGCGCGUCGUCUUCGUGUCUGCCACUCUCGCGGUGGUCGUUCAAGUUCACCGAGUUGACCACUAUGUGGAGUUCGUUCCUCACCGAUUUCAACCACGCGGCAACGGGAGACGAAGCAGAAGCGCUAGCGGUGGCACAAUGGCCGCAAAUGGAGGCGCUGCGGCUCUCGGUAGUGUUUGGCGUGACAGCGCUACCUGUGGCCACGCCGUCGGGCGGCACGUUUUCGGGCAUGAUCUCGGUCUCACUCGUCUCUUACACGGCCGACGCCGAUAUUUACUACACGCUAGAUGGAAGCCGGCCGACGCAGGGUUCUCCGACAUACGAGGCGCCAAUUUUGUUGAGUGCACCAGGCGAGACCCGGCUGCGGGCAAUGGCUGUCGCCUUUGGCUUGCGACCGUCGACCGAGAUUAACCUCGCGUACAUAGUGGUACGCAACGUGGCGACGCCCGAUUCGCCGGGCGACAGCAUCAAGAUCACGACGGUGGUAGGCGUGGCGCUGCCACUGGCGCUGCUUGUCAUGGCGGUGGUAGCAUGCGCAGUGCUUUAUGCGCGGCGGCGGCGGGCCCACGUGUACGCGCUUACCUCGGAUCCGGACCUCAUUGUCCCCAGCGAGGAUCUGCAGGUGUUGGAAGUCAUUGGGAUUGGCUCGUUUGGCACUGUCUACCGUGGGCGCUGGCGGGCUAUGAACGUGGCUGUCAAGCAGCCGCGUAAGCUCGUCGGCGAUGGCAUGGUCUCGCCACGGAUGGGUACUGACUCCGACUUUAGCAGCUCAAGCCUCUCCGGACAGCUCAAAGCGUUUGUGGAGGAGGCAGGCAUGCUGCUCCGGCUGCGGCACCCAACGUGGUCAUUUUCAUGGGCAUCACCCUUGACCCUCCGCAGCUGGUCACCGAGCUAAUGGAGCGUGGCUCGCUGUACAAGGUGCUCCACACGCCUGAACUCUUCCUCGACCCGUCGAUUGUCUUCAAGUGGGCGCACAACAUGGCCCAGGGCAUGCAGUAUCUCGCUCAUGCUGGCGUAGUCCACGGCGACCUCAAGUCUCUCAACGUGCUGUUUGACACCAACUGGGUGCCCAAGAUCUGUGACUUUGGCAUGUCGUCGCUCAAGCCGUCGCUCGAUGCCUCACCGCUCGCGCCGUCGGUCCGUCGGCCAUCACGGCGCGGUGGCGACGGGCUCGACGUCAGCCAUCUCGAGAACCAACUGCCUGCUGCUCUCGGUAGCGAUGGUGUGGUUUCAGGCAUGGGCUCGCUCUCGGCCGGUGGCGGUGGGGCGACAUCGGGUGGGACAGGCGGAUGCACUUCGGGCCCCAACUCAUUCUCGAUGGCGCAUAGGGUGGCAGCCGAGUCGUUUGGACCUAGCGGAGGUGGGACCAACAGCGGCGCUGGUGCCAAUGCCGGCUCGUUGUUCUGGGCCGCUCCCGAGGUGCUGGUGCACGGCCGCGAGGCGCUGACCGUGGCGUCGGACGGCUACUCGUUUGGUGUGACGCUUUGGGAGCUCGCCACGCGCGCAGACUUGUACCUCGGCGAGAAUCCGCUUGCGGUGGCGCUCGAGGUGGUCUCGGGCCGGCGCCCAGACGUCUCCGAGGUCCCGCUGGUGUUUGAGAGUCUCAAAAGCGUGAUGAACUCGCUUUGGGUCCACGAGCCGAGCGAGCGGAUGCCGCUCGACGGAGUCGUGGUGCAACUUGGCGCACUGUACUCGAGCGAGCAGGUGGUUUACCCGCGGAGCCGACACGUGCUACCGGGCGUGAUCACGGUGGUCCACUGCGAGCUUCGUGGUGCGUUCGAUGCGCUGCUUUCGUCAGCCCAUGUGGGCAUGGCGCGGCUGCUGGCGUUUCAUGAUGGCCUUCCGGCGGCAGCGGCGCGAGCAGGCGGCGCGAUUCUCGAGUGGGGCCUGGGCUGGGUCACUAUUGCGCUCCACCGGCCGGUGCAGGCACUCGACUUGUUCCGCCUUCUGAAAGAGGUGGAGCGUUCGUCUGGCCCGAUUUCGUCGCUCGCGGCACGGGCACAUCUGGUUCCUGUCCGCGAUGACGUGGGCGAGCAGACGAUGUCUGGGCAGGUCAUGCAGGCCAUCUCGCAGUAUUGGUCGCUGUUGUUUGGCACGUUUCGCAACGCUGAAUAUGUGUCGCGCACGGCUCGUCUGCCGCUCUCUGUCGGCUGGUCGCCGUUUGUGCCCGGCGGCGUGUUUGUUACGACCCAGCUUGCGGCGUUUCUCGCGGACGAGCCUGGAGUGACGCUCCGCCCACUUGCACUGGAUUUAGAUGUGGCCAUGCUGUCUGCGCCGCGUGUUCACGAGCUCAUGAGUAAGUUUUCUGGGACAGGUGAGGCGUACGAUGACUCGCAUCCGGGCAUGGAUGCGACUGCGCGGACGAUGGCGCCGCUGUUCCAGCUGCUACGACCGGGUGAGCCUCCAGUCGACAACCUGGCGCCUGGCCUCGGCGGCGGGGCGCAGACGGUGUCGGCGACAGCCUCGGGCCUCCUCUUCAUCUCGACUGCCGAGUCGGCCUCGCAACGGUCUGGCUCGAUGUCGGAUCCUGCCCUCACCUCGGAAGGCUUUGCCGCACGUUCGACCGAGGCGGUGCCACCACGGGCGGGUGUCCCGUCGAUGUCACGCUCGCGGCCUAAGAUGCAUCCUCCCAGGAAGCUGGUGGCCACCUCGGCUGGCUCGCAGACGAGUGGAACAAGCGGAACGAGCGGAACGAGCGGAACGACUGGGACGGAAGCAUCGAGUGAUGCCUGUUGCAAGAGCGGUGGCACGAAUGCGCAUGAGAGCGAGAGUGAGAGCGAGAGCGAGAGCGAGGCAUCGUCUAAGCUCGACUCAGGCUCUGGGUCACUGUCGUCGGUGUCGCGAACAGUGUCAACAUCGAGCUCGUCGAGCUCGUCGACGACGCGGCAGGCGACCACGGUCUGCGGCUCUUCGUCGAGCAGCCAGGCGUGUGUGGCGGCGCCGCCACGGCAGCCGUCGCCACGGCAGCCGUCGCGAGGCUCGACGCUCACUAUCUCGUCGCGAAUUCUUGCGACAAGCGCGCGGUCGUCGGCGGAGGAGCUGACAGUGGAAACGCUGUCGCUGCGGACGCCCAACUCGCUGGCGGCGCCGCUCUCGCCGGCUCUGCCGAUCAUGGCAGUCCUCACGCCAGACGACGUCAAGUCGUUGCUGGGGCAAGGCCAGCAGACGCGGACGGGCUCGUACGCGCGGGUCCAGGCUGCACGAUGGACAAACCCGAAGGGCAAGCUGAAGGGCGUGCAGGUCAAGGUGCUGCUCCGGCAGGUGUUUGCGCCGGCAGAGCUUGUGGUGUUUGCGACGGUUGCGGCGCAGGCGGCGCACGCGUCGUCGGUCUCGCUCGUCGGGCCGGUGGCGAUCUGCGUCGACAGGCCGUACAUUGCGCUUGUCUUUCCGCGGUUUGCCGACGGCUCGCUCGCAGACCUCAUGGGCCACCCGGCGGAGGCGAGUGGUUCAGGAUCGAGCCCACCGCCGCGGAAGCGGCGGCAGGACCUCUCCUCACUCACCGUCCAACAGUGUGUCAUCGGCCUCGCUGCGGCGCUGGUCGAGCUCCACGCGACCACGUCUGAGGGCCACGGCGCGCUGCGGCCAUCGAACAUCCUGGUGAGGCGGUCGCGGCGCAACCUAUCGAUUCAUCUCACUGACUUUGGCCUCGAGUCGAUCAAGACCAAUAUGGGCACAAUGACCAUGGUUCCGUCGGUCCCGUACAUGUCGCCCGAAGCGCUCGGUGGCCAGGCGUCGACGCCUGGCGGUGACAUCUUUGUCUUUGGCUCGAUCCUGUUUGAGCUCGUCUCGGGCCGCAAAGCCUUCUGGGGCUCCAACGCGCUCGAAGUCUGUGUCCGCAUUCAGUCGGGCUCGCGGCCGCCGAUUGAGCCGACCGAUGUCCCGUCGGUUGCGCUGCGCUCGCUCAUCCAGCGGUGCUGGGCGGCCGAGCUCGCCGAUCGUCCCACCGCCACCGAGCUUGCCACCGAGUUAUCCGGUAUGGACACCGCAGACUUUGCGCGCGGCAACGGCAUAGCCGCUGACACUCAACCGCACCGCAGGCGACGACGGCGGCGGGGCCGCGGUGGACACGGCUGAACGCGCCAUAAAUCACCUGGGACAAGGGACAA